UCACCUUCCCAUCCCCCGAGCCGCCUGUGUUUGCCUUCGAUAAUAGCAAUCUAAUUGAAACAUUAAUUAUUCAGCCUAGUUGUAGGCGGGCUUAAGCGAAUGCAUGUUCGCGGGUCCAAAGAAAUAUUCCUCUUGUAGCCUAAUGGCUAUAUAAUGAAGGUCUGAUAGUUGCCUGUAAUUUUAAUCUAUCGAUUUUCGAACACCUUCAUGUUACUUAAAACUAAAAUUUGCGACUUUGCCAGCCAGAGCCAGGAAUAUUUUGCAUUUCGAUUUUCUACGAUUAACAGAUAGUAAAUUGGAUAAUUAAUAUUUAAGUAAACGAGCGAGGUAGUACUAUUUGUGGAUAAAUAUCAAGAAGUAUUGUAGUAAUGAAAACAGGUUUUCCAUCUUUGCGGUAAUGUAAAUAUCGAGCAUUAAGUUUAAUUGUGGAAAAACAGGUAGUUUGAAGUGUUGGCCGGAAAUUGAAUCAAAUAUCAUGCCAUUCGUAAAUAAAUACUAAUAAUUAUAAUCAACAUAAUUUGUAAUUUAAAAACUCAUUAAUCUCAGAAGUGAGUUAGUUUUCCCUAAAUAUGAUUUUUAAAGUUUUUUUUUUAGUUUGCCUGAAUAUGGGUAUUUGCUCCAGUGUUCGCAAUCAUCAAAAUAAUAUGCAUGUGAGAGAAAAUUUUUCAUUUUUCCCAGCUGACAGUCAGUUGACUUUGAACUGAGCUUUAGAAUGCUUGGACAAAUAGUAGUUAUCACGUUGAUUCUGGGCCUUAUUGACUCCGAAUUGCAAUCGGCCAAGUUGGCGGACACGGAAUGUGGUUACUUUAACGAGGAACAGCUCUUAGAGAGGGACUCUUUCAUCGGACCCACCGAGCACCAGUGGAUAGCACGGAUCGUUUUUAGUAAAGGGAUCAAGAUUGACAAUGAUGAUGACUGUCUGGGCGUGCUGAUCUCCAAGCGCACUGUUCUGGCUCCAGCCCACUGUUUUGUUCAGUAUAACGGCCAGGCACAGGCUUUCUCCGUGCACCUGGGUGUGUACAACAAGAGUGCUCCGGUUGGAUCACUAAUCUGCGAGGAGGAUGGCUUCUGCGUGCGUCCUGCCCAGGAGAUCAAGCUGGCCGAGGUGGCCAUCCACCCGGAGUACGACUCGCGAACGCUGAAGAACAGCCUGGCCGUGCUCACCCUGCAGCGGGACGCCAAGAUCUACCCGAACGUGAUGCCCAUCUGCAUGCCACCACCCCACUUGGUCAACGAGACGCUUGUGGGUCAGACCUUCCUGGUGGCUGGGCUGCGCAAGUGGGAGGACCUAAGGCAAAUGAGCUGGGUGAAUUCGCUCAGCCGAUCCUUCUGCCAAUCGAAGUUCAGCACGCUUUUGACCAGCAGCACCACGGUGUGUGGCUACCAGGUCAGGCCAGAUGUGUUCGUCAUUGGGGCACCGCUGGUGGGGAUGCAGGCGAAGGGGCAAUUCACCCAGAACUACUACCUGGUCGGAUUAAUGAUCGACUGGCGCAUGGACGAAGACCGCGUCAUGUCCAGCUUCCUGGCCAUCCGGAACUACUUAGGCUUUAUCCACCAGAAUUCCGACUCGUUGAUUGUACGCUCCUAAGCGGAAAACAGAUUACUUUACAAGCCUGAAGAAUUAAAUAAGUAUUUUACUUGAAAAUUUAUUCAAUGGUGAAAUUAAAAUAAACAUUAAAAUGAAAACGUUUAUAAGAAGCACGAAAGCCUUCUUUGAACUUGGAAGUAUACGUGUUAAACAGUUUUAAUGUAAGCAAUAAAAUACGGAUUUGCAAUUUAAUGAAAAGAAAUAUUUUUUAGAAAACGUAUAUCAAAAAUCUAACUAAUUUUAGUAGCUUCGUUUAACUAAAUUUUUGAAAAUUCGAAAACUCGAAUCGAGAACUGCCAAAAAGAUUUUAUACUGAGAAUAAAAAUAUACAAUUUCAAGCCAGAA